AUGGCGCGCGUCCUCGUGGCCACGCUCACCGCGGUCCUCCUCCUCUCGGCGGCGCCUCCACCUCCGGCGAGGGCGGCGUGGGUGGACUCGGACUACCCGUCGAGCGUGCCGUGCGGGGUGACCAUCCCCGUGGAGCAGUGCGACCCGGCGGUCGCCGCGGCGAACGCCGCGUGCCGGGACAUGUGCCACUACGGAGGGCGGCGAGGCGGGCGUUGUUCUUUUCUUUAG